UGCAGAGGAAACACAGUGAAGCAGCCCCGGCGUCAACCUCCACACAUUAACUGGACCUUUAUUAUUAAAGUUACGUUUUUAUUUCUUUGUACAUGAAAAGUCCCGGAGCUGUGGGGUAUGGUGUUGGCUCCUGAAGCCGGAUAAUCAGACGCAGAGGCCGGCGGCGGCGGCAGGGAGGGAGGGCUAGCUGGCUGACUGGAGAGGAGAGAACUGAAGCCAGGGCUACUGACUGAAUCUCUGCUUCCGUGGGGGAUUUCACCAGGACAUUUUUUGGAUAUUCGGGCCGUCUUUGAGCAGGUUCUCCCGGCUGUGGUGGUGGACUUCAGGGGCGUUCGGUCCUUGAUGCCCCGGAGGCCCGGAGGAACUCAGACUGCGGAGCCCCGGAGCAGGGCUCGGACACUGGGGGAGUAGAGGAGGAGUCAGUCUGUCUCUCUGAUUGGACCCCGGCGACCCCCGUCCACCAUGAACCCUCUGAACCAGAUGAAGGCUGGACUGGCCAACAACCCACACAGUGAGGGCUCGUACCCCUAUGACCCCUCCAGCUGGCAGCAGCCCACCAAUCAGCCCACAGGAUCCCUCUCCGUGGUAACCACUGUGUGGGGAGUGACCAAUCCCUCGGCCAGCCAGGGUCUGGGUGGAGGGGUGAUGGGGCCCGGGGCCAACCCAGGAGGGGGGCCAAUGAUGCAGGGCCCCGGAGGUCCAGGCAUGGCCGGUGGGCCUGGUGGCUACAUGGGUCAGCAGGGCUACGGAGAGCCCAGCAAGGGCUACAUGAACCAGGGCAUGUACGGCCGGACGCCUGGCGGCUACGCUGGAGGACCGGGGGGGUACACGGGGAGUUACCCGUCUAACCCUGGCGGCUCCAGAGGUUCCGCUGACUUCACUCAGGCUGCCGCCGCAGCCGUCGCUGCUGCUGCUGCCACGGCAACCGCUACCGCCACGGCAACCGUCGCAGCCAUCCAGGAGAAACAAAACCAGGAGAUGAACUACGGACAGAUGGGGGGUCCAGCAUACAACAACCAGUUCAUGGCCCACUCCAGCCCCCGCGGCCCCCCCGGCAUGGCUCCUGGAGGUAUGGGCCCCGGUCCAGGCCCCACCAGGGGUCCCCCCUCAAUGGGCCCCAUGUAUGGACCUGGAGGGGGCCCACAGAGGGUCCCCCAGCACCCCAACUAUGGUCCUGGACCACAGCAGGGCCACCUGAGGCCCCCGCAGGGCCUCAAACGGCCCUACAACUCUGAGUCUUUCCCGGGAAUGUCUCAGCAGUACGGCGUCCCCGUCGGCUCCAGUGUCAACGUGAUGUCGGGCCCUGGUGGCGCCGGUGGCUCAAUGGCGGGUUCAGGUGGAGGCGGUCACGCCGGGCCGGGUCCGUACUCUGGACCCAACAUGCAGUACCACCCAGGUCCUGGUGGUCCAGGCCCCGCCCCCCAGCGCUCGGGCUCCUCCCCCUCCUAUCAGAGCCAUAAAAUGCCCCUCCCACAGUACCCCCCCUCUGGCCCCCCCAACUCACAGUACUACAAGCAGGACCAGUUUAACGGUCAGGGCGGUGGAGGUCUCAACGCUCUGACAUCAGGCGGCGGCGUCUACAACUCCUUCAACCAGCCGUCUGGGCCUGGUCGAGGGUUGCCAGGUUACCCUUCCUCUCCGGUGCCCGGUAAUCCGACCCCUCCCAUCACCCCGAGCAGCUCCAUGGCCCCGCCCUACAUGUCGCCUGGAAACAGUGACGUCAAGCCAACGCCCUCUUCCUUCCUGCCUGACAUCAAACCCAACAUGGCCAGCCUGCCGCCGCCCCCUCCCACAGGUAACCCCAGCGACGACCUGCGGUUGACCUUCCCGGUUCGUGACGGUGUGGUCCUAGAGCCCUUCAGGUUGGAGCACAACCUGGCCGUCAGCAACCACGUCUUCCAGCUGCGAGACUCCGUCUACAAGACGCUCAUCAUGAGACCGGACCUGGAGCUCCAGUUUAAGUGUUACCACCACGAGGACCGACAGAUGAACACCAACUGGCCCGCCUCCGUCCAGGUGAGUGUGAACGCGACUCCUCUCACCAUCGAGCGAGGCGACAACAAAACUUCCCAUAAGCCUUUGUACCUGAAGCAGGUGUGUCAGCCUGGCAGGAACACCAUCCAGAUCACCGUCACCGCCUGCUGCUGCUCUCACCUGUUCGUCCUGCAGCUGGUUCAUCGUCCGUCGGUUCGCUCGGUGCUGCAGGGUCUGAUGAAGAAGAGGCUGCUUCCUGCAGAGCACUGUGUCACCAAGAUCAAAAGGAACUUCAGCAGCGGUUCGAUUCCCGGGACCCCCGGCUUAAACGGAGAGGACGGCGUGGAGCAGACAGCCAUCAGAGUCUCGUUAAAAUGUCCGAUCACUUUCCGCCGCAUCCAGCUGCCCGCCAGAGGUCACGACUGCAGACACAUACAGUGUUUCGACCUGGAGUCGUAUCUGCAGCUCAACUGUGAGAGAGGAACCUGGAGAUGCCCCGUGUGCAAUAAAACCGCUCUGUUAGAAGGUCUGGAGGUGGAUCAGUACAUGCUGGGAAUCCUCAUCUAUGUUCAAAAUUGACAUGUCUGCCCCCCCCCCCCCCCCCCCCUCACCAUCGACCCGGUGUGCAGCUGGAAGCCGGUCCCUGUGAAGCCGGACCUCCAUGUGAAGGAGGAGUCAGACGGUCCGGUGCUAAAGCGCUGCAGGACGCUCAGCCCCAGUCACAUGGUCCUGCCUAGCGUCAUGGAGAUGAUCGCCUCGCUCGGCCCCGCCCCCUCCUCCUCCACCUCCGUGGCCUCCUCCUCCUCCCCGAUGCCCUACCCCUCCCUACCCACGGGGGGCAGCAAUAACAGCAGCAACACACCUGACUACCCCGGACCAGCUCCGUCCUAUCCCGGUCAGUCCAGCAGCUUCUCAGACUUCAGCGGUCCUGGGACUCCGGGGGUUGGGGGGGACUUCUCCUCCCCCGGCCCCCCCCCUCUCUCCUACCAGUCCGAGCUCUCCAGCGCCCUCCUCACCCCCGACAAACCCCCCCCACACCCACUGGCAGGACAGAUAUCAGUCUCAGGCCGUAUGGACUCCACUUCCCAUGGUGCUCCUCUCUCCCAGCAGCAGUCGCAGGGUCUCCACGGCAACUCCCAACUGGGGGGCGGCAACCAGAUGAUGCAGCGUAGCAACCAGAAUCCCCGUCUCCAAGGCGACGGCUCCUUCGGGCUCGGGGGGUCUGCAGAGGUUCCAGAACCUUCUCUGGACCUGCUUCCUGAGCUGACCAACCCGGACGAGCUGCUGUCCUACCUCGGCCCUCCGGACCUCCCGAGCAACAACAACGACGACCUGCUGUCCCUGUUUGAGAACAACUGAACACACACACACACAGACACACAGACACACACACACACACACAC